UUAGUUGAUGCGCACACAACCUAGCGCCCAGCUGCUUUACAACCGGUCAGGAUCGCCUCAACCGGGCCACUUAGUCCAGACUUUGUAGCAGUGGCAAAGGAAAAAUGGUGGUGCUAGCUGCUUCCAUCGUCUCCAAGACGGGGAAACCCCUCGUCUCGCGCCAGUACAUGGAGAUGAGCAGGAUCAGGAUUGAAGGCCUGCUUGCUGCUUUCCCAAAGCUGGUGGGGACAGGCAAGCAGCACACCUAUGUGGAGACGGAGAAUGUGCGCUACAUUUACCAGCCCAUGGAGGGGCUGUACCUCCUGCUUAUCACGAAUAAGCAGAGCAACAUCUUGGAGGACCUGGAGACCCUGCGCCUGCUCAGCAAGCUGGUGCCGGAAUUCAGCCAGAGCCUGGAGGAGGAGUCAGUAGCGGGGAAAGCUUUCGAGCUCAUUUUUGCGUUCGACGAAGUCAUAUCACUCGGGCAUAAGGAGAACAUCACCGUGCAGCAGGUCAAGCAGAACUGCGAAAUGGAGAGCCACGAGGAGAAGCUGCACAAGCUGAUCAUUCAGAGCAAGAUUAACGACACUAAGGACAUUAUGAAGAAGAAGGCAGCGGACAUUGAGAAGUCCAAAAUGGAGCAGAAGAAGAUCGGGCUGGGCAACGCGCUCACAGGGUUUGGAAGCAAGGCGGCCAGCUCUAUCCUCGCGGACCUGGAGCCCACCCCCCAGUACCGGCCAGAGCCGGUGCCGGUGCCCAGCGUGCGGCCCGUGGCGCCCGUUGGCGGGCCCAAGGGUCCGUCAAAGGGUAUGCAGCUGGGCAAGGCCAAGAAGGCCAACGACUUCCUGGAGAGCCUGGCGAAGGAGGGCGAGGUGGUGGAGAUCGAGGUGCCGAAGCCCACGGGCGGCGUGUCGGCGGUGACCGUGAACGCCGCCACGGACCCGGUGUCGCUGGCCAUCGAGGAGAAGCUGUCGGUGACGCUCAACAAGCAGGGCGGUGUGGAGAACCUGGAGGUGCAGGGUACCAUGUCGCUGGUGGUGAACACGGACGAGGAGGCCUUCAUCCGCAUCGCCGUCACCAGCGGCGCCAACAAGGGCUUCCAGUUCAAGACGCACCCCAACAUCGACAAGACCCUGUACAGCAGCUCCAACGUGCUGGGGCUCAAGGACCCCGCGCGGCCCUUCCCCACCGGCUCGGAGCUGGGCGUCCUCAAGUGGCGCUUCCAGACCAAGGAGGAGAACCUGGUGCCGCUGUCCAUCAACUGCUGGCCCAGCGUGUCGGGCGGCGAGUCGUACGUCAACAUCGAGUACGAGUCCACCUCGGACCUGGACCUACAGAACGUGCAGAUCAUCAUCCCCGUCCCCGCCACUGGGCACGCGCCCACCGUCAACCAGGUGGACGGCGAGUGGCGGUACGACUCGCGGCGCGGGGCGCUCAUCUGGACCAUCGAGCUCAUCGACGACACCAACCGCAGCGGCUCCAUGGAGUUCGUCACGUCGGCGGCGGACGCGGAGGCCUUCUACCCCGUGGAGGUGGCCUUCACCUCCAACAAGACCUUCUGCGACGUGGCCGUGGCCAGCGUGGAGCACACGCAGCGCGGCGGGCCGGUGAAGUUCUCGAUGAAGAAGCAGCUCGAGACUGCGGAGUACAGCGUGGUGUAAGCAGGGCGGCUGGCGGAGCGGCAGGAAGCGGGAGGGUGCUGUGUAGUUUUACUGAUCAGAGGUGUGGGGUGUCUGCUGAUGCCCGGCCUCGCCGUCGCAUAGGUAGCUUGACAGGCGUAGGGGUUGCGUGGGGUUUGGGCGUGAGCAUGGGUAGGGGUAGACAAACCAACGGCACGUAGGUAGAAGAGCAUGUGUAUAUUGAGCUGUGAGAGGACUCGGGACCCCGCAAGCGUGGAGUCACGUGCGGGGCCUGCGGAAUAGGCGGAGCGUGUGGAAGAGGAUGGACGGGACGGACUGCGCGGCAGUCAGACGAUGCAGGCGGUGCAAUUGAGCCUUGUUGAGCUCGCUGUCCCUUGCAAAUGUUCAAGGUAC